AUGAAGGCGACAGGCGUGUUGCUGCUGAUCUCCCUGGCCCUUUGCUGCAUCACAGACCUGGCUGUUGCUCAAAGACGGGCCUCCUGUGGCAUGUACUUACAAGGACUGACUGGAAAAACCCAGACGAUUGCCUGUUCCCGCAACUACGACCCUGUCUGUGGAACCAACGGCAGAACCUACCCCAACGAGUGCUCCCUCUGCAAGGACUUCCUCCGUAACCGUGCUCUUGACAAGAAGCACGAUGGAAGAUGCGUUAAGAUCGACUGUACUGGUCACCUGAAGCCCGGCAACGGUUUCAACGUCCCCUGCACCAUGGAUUUCUCCCCCAUCUGCGGCACCAACGGCAUCACCUACAGAAACAAGUGCCAAUUCUGCAAUGCUGUUGCGAGCGGACUGGAAGUGAACCUGCAGAGCUACGGACAGUGCACCCAGAACAUCGACUGCAGCAGCCAGAAAGGCCUGACCUCCGUCUGCACCGCCGAGUACAACCCUGUCUGCGGCUCCGAUGGCAGAACUUACGGAAACAAGUGCCAAUUCUGCAAUGCAGUUUCUCGCAGCCGUGGAUCUCUGUUCUUCAGACACCAGGGCGAGUGCUAA